UUUGGCUUGCAGCCUUUUCAACUCCAUAUAAUCUUCAUCUAUUAAAGCUGGCAGAUUUCCUCCCCCACCCCACCACUCCCACUAGUCCUCCCCCCCUCCCCCCCCCCCCCCCCCCCCCCCCCCCCCCCCCCGUUCCCUCAAGAAGAAAUACCCAACCAACUGGUUUAAUUUCAUCUUUCUCCCUCCCUUUGUUUUAUUCCCUACUAUUUGUACACAACGUGAUUAACUGUGCAAUAUAUUUUCUUUUCUUCUUAUUAUUGGAGCAGAUAGAUCAAAGUAAAACAAUGUUGGACUAUGACUGGGGAGAGCAAUCCUCCGUUAUGCUUUCUGGCAACGAACCAAAUGAAGAAAAUGACCAAAAUCGUCAGUUUUUUGACCCUUAUGCUAACACUCAAUCUUUCACUGAAAAUCCAUCAUCUCUAAUGAACCCUCAUCAACAGUUUCCUACCAUUCAACAACAAAAUCAUCAAUUUUUCCAAACCCAAAACAAUCCCCAUUUGACCACUACUAGCCUUUAUGACCCACGUGCUUAUGAAACUUGUUUCACCCAUUCCCAAGGUAAUUCCAUACCCUCAGUACUACAACCAAAUAGUAGUUUCAUGGUUGUGCCAAAAAGUGAACCCCAGUUUGUGUCUGCUGGUGGGAUUGAUUUUGGGAGUAGUAGUAGUAGUAGAAUUGGGUUAAACUUGGGUGGAAGGACUUAUUUUUCUUCUUCUGAAGAUGACUUUGUUAAUCGACUUUACCGACGUACUAGGGCAGUUGAAGCGGGUUCAGUAAACACCCCUAGAUGUCAAGUUGAAGGUUGUAGUGCUGAUCUAACACAUGCCAAACAUUACCAUAGGAGACACAAAGUUUGUGAAUUUCACUCCAAAGCUUCCACUGUUAUUGCUGCAGGUUUGACUCAAAGAUUCUGCCAACAGUGCAGCAGGUUCCAUCUGCUGUCGGAAUUUGAUAACGGCAAGAGAAGUUGUAGAAAACGUUUGGCAGAUCAUAACCGAAGGAGGAGGAAAAAUCAACAAGCUAACCUAGAAAACAGUAGCAAGUCUCAACUUGAAAGUACCAGAAAUUCCUCAUCAGACAGUCUUGCUAGGUCUCCACCUGAUUCAGGAGCUCAUUCUUCAUCAGUGACUGUAGCAAUUUCUUCACCAAGAAUCUCACUGGAUUGUUUUAGGCAAAGACCAUAACAAAUUGCUGCUACUUUUAAAUCAGCAUCUACAACACUUUCGUUCUCCAAUGAAUCUAUCUACUUCCUUUAAAUUAUGAUUUCAAGCUUUAAUGGCUACUACCACCAAGUAUCACUACUUACUACUAUCUACUAAUAGGGUAAAAUGAUUAAUAUAUAUGAAUGCAUGAAGUGUUAGAAUUAUGUUAACCCCUUUGUAAUUUGUCCCACUAAUGAAUUCCCAAUAUUAGUUUCAAUCUCUUUUAGUAGUAUUA